CUUUGUUUGUAGCAGGCUUGUUAGUUUCACCAUCUUAUUAACUUGAAUUAAAUAUGUACGAACCUGCUUUUCAGGAGUUAAAUGAUGCUGCGAAAUUGUGUGAUGAAAAGGAAGUAGAUCCUGAGGUUAAAGGGAAGAUCGAAAAAGCUCUCAGCUUGCUAAUGGCCCGAGAAAAGUACUGUGACGAUGUUAGCUCUAAACCAAGUGAAGCUCUUGCGACACUUCAAUCAAGCACACUGACCUAUCCCUUCAAGCAGGCGUACGAGGAGGGGAAAACUGUAUGGAACCUUAGCCCGCGUAUGAUGUCGGGGAGUCUGGAAGGGUUAUUUCUACAAAGCAUUGUGAGCAUGUCCAAAGCGAAGCGUGUUCUUGAAGUUGGCAUGUUUACCGGAUAUGCGGCUUUGGCAUGUGCAGAGGUACUUCCGGAAAAUGGCGAAGUGGUCACGUGCGAAAUCGAUCCAUUUUUGGAGACGCUUGCAAAAUCGUUUUUCGAAAAAUCACCACAUGGGAAGAAAAUUAACGUUAAAGUUGGCCCAGCAAAAGACACGUUGGAAGCGCUAGCUGAUGAGCAACAGCAGUUCGACGUCGUUUUCAUUGAUGCUGAUAAAAAGGGGUACAUUGACUACUUCAAGACAGUUGUGGACAGGGAUAUGUUAACACCUGGAGGAACAGUUGUUCUUGAUAACGCGUUUCUGCAUGGUCAAGCCUACCAACCGGAAUCAACCAAUGAAAACGGCCUGGCAAUUAGGAUGACUAAUGAGUACAUCAACAGUAGGGCUGACCUAUUCAAGGUUCUGGUUCCAAUACGGGAUGGAGCGCUGGUCGUUCGAAGAAUGGCAGACAUGUUUGUGAGCUAGGGAUAGUUUCAGAGUCUUAAGGACAAACAGAAUGAGUUUAAACAGAACAAUAUAGGGUGUUUGAAUUAUUUGUGUGGAGCCCAGUUCUGAAGUUUGAGAAUAAUUGAGGACGUCUAAAUAGCCUGAAAAUCAAACUCAAAGUGUAAUCACGUUUAAUGAAAAUUCAAAGCAAAUAAAUAUAAUUAUGUGAAUAACAAUGUCAACAAUUUUAUAUUUACACGUUUUUGUUGUCAAUAAAAACUGACGUAUUUGUUAAGAUUGAUUUAGACGAUCGCUAGAAAUAGAAAUAAAGUGUUCGAAUUAUGAA